GUAUACUUGACAACUGUUGCGCACCUCAACCCGUCACCAUGGAUAUCUACUACAUGAGCGACAGCAUCCAGUACUCCUCGUUCCGGGGUCCAGUUUACCGAGACUACGAGAAGUUCCCGUACGGUACACUGGAGAACCCACUGAACAAUCCCGUCUCGAAAGCUAAACAGCAGCAGCAACAGCGACGACACCACUCGAGCUCGAGCAGCAGCAGCACAAGCGCUCAAGCAAAACUGCUCAGCUACAUCGGUAAAUCGACGUCCGGCGGGAAAUCGUCAAAGGAUUCUUGCCCCUUUUGCAAGGAGCAAAAGAAGCGACCGCUCGGUGCGUACAUGCGGAAGCGUGGCCAACGUAUCACGACCGAAAGUAUCAGCGAGGACGCCGAAGAGUGCAACGAUGAGCUGCGCGAGGAGGACGAGGAGGAGGAGAUGUGUGCAGCGGCCCGAGGCAUGACGCUGUCCACCAGCCCGCCCGGUGGUAAUCAUCGCCAGCAGAUUAGUCCGCGUGUUGCCGGCUUUAAUCGACAGGAAUCGAUCGAAAGCAAAUGAGAC